AUGGUGAUGGCUUCAAGUACCCAUUCUACAUCGCUUCUCAGUUCCUCCUGGUUCAUUCCAAAUCAUCCCUCUUCUUCUAGUACUACUACUUCAACCACCACUUCCACUAGACAUAAUAUUAUUCUCAGACACAAGAAAAUCUCCUCACUCAAACCAUACUUUUCAUCUAAACCAACUGCUGUUCUCCCCCUCUCUUCCAAACUUUCAGAAACAUCAACAAAAACUGAGGUUAGUUCCGAAAAUUUAAUCGCAAGAUUAGAAAAUUCCCCGACAACCGUUUCUCACAAAGAAGGUGUUCAGAUUCAUGCUCGUAUCAUUCAACUUGGUUUAUCUGAUAAUGUCUACCUUUCAAGUAAGCUCCUUUACUUCUACUACUGUGUUAAAGAUGUUGAUUCGGCUUGGUCUGUUUUUCGUUCCAUUCCCGGAGACAAACUUAACCAAUUCUUCUGGAAUACUAUGAUUCGCACUUAUGUUGAUUCUGAUUGUUUCGUCAAUGCAGUCGAAUUGUUUUUGAAAAUGCUGGUAAUGGGUUUUGUUCCUAAUGAAUUUACUUACCCAUUUGUUCUAAAGUCAUGUUCAGCUCUGAAUUUAAUUGAAGCUGGACGACAAAUUCAUGGGUUUUUGAUUGUUAAUGGAUAUGAACAUGAUGUUUUUGCAAUGAGUGCUCUGUUGGAUUUUUAUGUUAAAUGUGGUUGCUUUUGGGAUGCUUGUAAACUGUUUGAUAGACUUCCUGAGAGAAAUGAAGUUACAUGGAAUUCAAUGGUGUCUGGGUAUGCUCAAAAUGGGUAUUGGAAUCAUGCUUUGGAGGCUUUAGAACUUAUGGGAAAAUCUGGAAUUCAGGUGGAAGUAAGUAGUUGGAACUCAAUUAUGGCUGGUUGUGUUAGGGUUGGUGAUGGUAAGUUGGCAUUCGAGACUUUUAGGAGAAUGUUGGUUUCAGAAUUUCCAGUGAAACCUAAUUCAGCCACUUUUAAUACUCUUCUUCCGAUCAUACCUAUGGAAUUAUGCUUACUUAAUUUGAAACAACUCCAUGGCUUUGCAAUUAGGCAGAAAGAAAUAACAGGUUUGGGUUCAGUUGACGAUGAGAGAUUAAGCUGUUCAAUUGCUUCUGGUUAUGCCUAUCAUGGUUGUAUAGAAUAUGCAUCUGAAUUAUUCGAUGUGAUCCACUUGAAAACUUCUCAGUUGUGGAUCUCUAUGAUUUCUGGGUUCAUCAAUAGCAAUAAUUCCCCUGAAGCAUUCCAUUACUUCCAAAAAAUGGUAAUCCAGUGUGAUGGUGAUUUUAAAAAUCUCUCUAAAGUUCCUCUAACUUUGCUUCUUCCGGAAUGUAGUCCUUCAUCUUCUACUGGUUUGGAGAUUCAUGCUCAUGCUUAUAGAGUUGGUUUUGAGUCAAAUACUUCGGUAAACAAUGCAUUAGUUGCAAUGUAUGCAAGACGAGGUGAUAUUGAAUCAUCUACAAGAGUGUUUUUAAGGACACCUGAGAAGGAUAUUGUUUCUUGGAACUCUAUGAUUAAUUGCUUUUCUAUUACCAAUGAUUUCUAUCGGGCUAUACAACUUUUUCAAAAUAUGCAUUCUGAAGAUAUAAAACCUGAUAAAUUUACAUUCAGCUCUGUUCUUAAUGGAUGUGGAGAGUUAGCAGCUCAUAGACAAGGAACUGCUACACAUGCUUACACAGUAAAAAGUGGGUUUUCUGAAGGUUAUUGCGUCGUACAAAAUUCUCUUAUGGAUUCGUAUGGGAAAUGUGGGUGCAUAGAUGAAGCUAAGCAAAUUUUUGACGAGAUGGACUAUAAAGAUGUUGUUUCUUGGAAUACAAUAAUCAAAACUUAUGGUCUGCAUGCUCGUCCGACUGAGGCUCUCUCUCUUUUUUCUGAAAUGCAGGAGGAUGGAUGGAAGCCCAACAGGAUAACCUUCAUAGCUCUUUUAUCAGCUUGCAGCCAUGGAGGCUUGGUAGAUGAAGGUUUAAAUUUUUUGCAGUUGAUGAUAAUGGAAUACGGAAUUGCUCCAGAUGUUGAGCACUAUACUUGUGUGGUUGACAGUUUAGCGCGAGUAGGUCGACUUCAAGAGGCAUACGAUCUUAUUAAAAGCAUGACUGUAAAACCUGAUGACUGUGUCUGGGGUGCAUUGCUUGGGGGUUGCAGAAUCCAUGGGAAUGUGCCUCUAGGUGAAAUUGCUGCAAACCAUCUAAUGAAACUGAAACCUCAACAUCCUGGAUAUCACGUGCUUCUAUCCAAUAUCUAUAAAGAUGCUUCUAGAGAGAAUGAAGCUGCACAGGUUCGAGCAGAAAUGAAGGAUCGAGGCGUGUUUAAGUUCCCAGGUUGUAGUUGGAUAGAGAUUUGUGGUGAAUUCCACAACUUUAUGACAGCUGAUAAAUCUCACAAGAAAUGUACUAAUAUAUACUCUACUCUAGAUGGCCUUACAAAACAGUUAAUGCUUGAAGGUUAUGUACCUAAUUUAGAGUUUAAAGUUUCUUCUGAAAAAUUAUUGUAA